ACAAUACCGCAAUUACUUCUUACACUAGAGACCGAAAGAAAUGCAGCCUCAUGAUUCAUAGAUGCCUAACCACACCUAUGUAGUUAUAUUUUCAUAACCUCAAACCUUUUAAGUAAAACUUAAAUCAGUGUCAAAGUCUGUCAUAAUGAAAGGGAGAAUCAGGUCAAUGUCAGACAGUGACAGAGUUGAAAGACUGGCUCAUCCUGGAGAUGGCAGUGCCCUCUGUGUAGGCAUACCUGUCUCCAUCCCUCCCUCUCUCUACCUCCCUGUUUCUUUACCUCCCCCUCUCUCUACAUUCCUCUCUCUUGACCUCCCUCUUUCUACUUACCUUUCUCUCUACCUCCCUCUCUCCCUCUCUGGGUGUUGAUGCUCUGCAGGACAGACCUAUCUGCACAAAACACACUUUCAGUGUAGAAGGAAGAUUCAAGCUGCAGUCAUGAAAAAGGUUCAACCUCAGCAGAGAUGGAGCUACACCUCUCCCCCAACCUCCCCCUUAGACUCACCCGAGAAGGAAGGGGGAGAGAUGACUAACCCCCUGACCCCCAGGCCCCUGACCGUCGCUGAGAGGGUAAAGCGACUGGAGAGCUUUCCCGGCCCUGGAGGAGCUGACACGCUUGGAGGAAGUGACACGCCUGGAGGAAGUGACAAGCAGGACUUGAGUAAAGGCAUCUUUGAACGUCAGAUGCUUGUCAAGGUCGGUGAGGGUGACAGCAAGGGACCUGCCUUCAACCAGGACCCAGCCUCUUACACAAAUAAAUAUGUGGUUGCCAAGGAUAAAAAGGUUACAGUUAGAGAUCAUGGAUACUACAAAGAGGUUGCUGUGGAGUCUUACACGGUAAUGAUGCAUCAAACAUCCUAUAAGGUUGUGAGCCAGAGCCCUCCUCCUUUCAGACAGACUUCAGUCAACACUUGGCGUGAAGGCAAACAACUCCAACGACAAGACAACAUCAAGGACGACCCAGAGUUCCUAAUGGAAUGGUGGAAGACAGUGAUUUCAUGGAAAGACCUGGAAAAUCAACCAUUGAAACAUGGAGAGGGAGUGUUAUAUUCAGCGAAAGCACAGAGGAUCUAUCAUGCUUUGCUGCUGUAUGAACAGCUCUUGAACAAGAAUGGGGAGUCCAUGAAAAACAACAUCACUGAACUGUUUAGCAUCGCAGAUAACCUGGACAAGGUGUCCAAGGGCACUAAGAUCGCUGGCAUCACUGGAGGUGCCACGAGUGCCGUGGGCGGGAUCGCGGCCGUGGCUGGCGUGGUCCUGUCCCCGUUCACCUUCGGGGCCUCGCUCGCCCUCACUGCCAUCGGGGUCGGCGUUGCCACGGCAGGAGGCGUCACCGGUGCAUCGGCCGCCAUCGCACACAAAGUAAGCGUCGCACAGGACAGGAAGAAGAUAGAGACCGUCCUCCAGGACUACAGGGCCCACACGGACGACCUGGAGGCCUGUCUGAAGUUCAUCAACAGGGGGAUGGGGUCCCUGAGGAUGCACAGCCUGACCGUCCUGACUGGGGUCCACACCAAGGCAGUGAGGGUGGCCAAGGUGGUAGAGGUGGCAGGGGACACUGCCAGGGCCAUGGAUGCCAGCAGCAAGGCAUCAGGCAUGCUGAAUGGCUUUUCCCUGGGCAUGGACUUAUUCUACUCAAACAAGGACAGACAGAAGCUGAAGAAAGGCCUGGAGUCCAAGUUCGCCGCGAAGAUCCGCCAAGUGGCCGGGCAGCUGCAAUAUGGGCUGAAUGAGCUGGUGAAGGUGAAAGACAUGAAUAAGGAGCUGUUGAAGGAGUGAAAUACAUGUAUAAGGAGCUGUUGAAGGAGUGAAAGACAUGAAUAAGGAGCUGUUGAAGGAGUGAAAGACAUGUAUAAGGAGUUAGUGAAGGAGUGAAAGACAUGUAUAAGGAGUUAGUGAAGGAGUGAAAGACAUAAAUAAGGAGUUAGUGAAGGAGUGAAAGACAUAAAUAAGGAGUUAGUGAAGGAGUGAAAGGUCUUUGUGGCAGCACAGUUGGCUUUUGGUGUGAAAUGGGGUUUGUUUGGGUUGUUUUUACAUUUUUAUGUUUUACGUUUUAAUCUUACAAAACGUUGUCCACUUUCACACCUAUAUGAUAUUUUAUGUUUUUAAUCCUUUAUAAUGUUUUACACUUAUAUCAUGCUUUACGUUUAUACACUUGAUUCCUUUUCUGUCUCUGCCCUCAUUUUGACUCUUGUGAAUGUGGGCCUACCUACUGUACCGAGGAAUUGUUUGACCUACAAUGAGAGAACCUUUCAAUCGAUCCAGAUUGAGACGAUUACAUUUACAUUUAGUCAUUUAGCAGACGCUCUUAUCCAGAGCGACUUACAGUAAGUACAGGGACAUUCCCCC